AUGCCUGGUCUCAACGCAGCUCCUCGGCAAACUAUUGUUUUGCAACAUGAUACAGCGAACGAUUUUCUGGCGUUGGCGUAUCCUACCUUGCGCCGCCAUGAAGCAUCUGCGAAUAUAGUUCUUGCGCACGCUCUCAAGCGUGUCAGCGCAGAGGCUGCCUUGAGUGGCUACCAGUUCAUCUCCGACUCAGACGUCGAAGCAUGGCUGUCUGCCACCGAUCUCUCGUCGAUGAAAUCUCAUCGAAAUUGCGACUCCUUCUGGCUCACAGUGUGGAGCGGCACAUCAUCUCGCCCGACGCUUGAUCUUGUCUUGUCUUGUAUCAACUGGACGCUCGGAGACUAUCCCAUUUUCCUCUGGACGCCACAUCGUCGUACUCUGUCCUCCCCCGAAUGGCUUAUUCCGAGAAUCAUACAGCUUGUGGAGCAGUUGCAUUUUUGCGUGCCGCCUGAGCGCGUUUUUUCCGUGUUUGGCAUGACACCCCUCGUGAAGACAUUCGCUCGUUGUUGGUCAGACCUCACCGGGUUUCUUAUUGAGCCCGAGCCUUUCUAUGCCGCAUACUUCUCGCAUUGUACUCCUGAGACCUUCAAGUACUCUGAUGCAAUGUUACCACAAGGUCAUGUGCUGCGCAGGGCGACCGUUAGAGACGUGGAGCCGGUUGCUCAGCUCUGUAAAGAAUUUGCGGAUGAUUCGGUUUACUUCCCUUUGACAAUCGAGGCCGCUCGUAUCGAAGCACGGGAACUUAUCACCAAGGGUCAGAUCUGGGUGUACGAUGCAAGCGGAGAUCUAACCACCAUCUGCGCGGUCACACGAAACUCGAAUCGCGUGUCCGCCAUCACGAAAGUGUAUACUACUCCAAGGUGGAGACGACGGCGAUGUGCCGAAUUCCUGGUGCGAGAUGUCACAGCCAGACUUCUGUUUGAUACCAUGAAGGACUCUGUCAUUCUCUACGUCGGGCAUGAAAACAGCGCACAACGCGUAUAUGAUCGCGUCGGCUUCGCUGGUCUUUGCGGAAAGAAUAAAUCUGAUUCAAUCGAGGAUUCGCUGGAGCUUGGUUUCGUUGGGGCCCACAGAGGACACUGGUAA